UGACGUCCAAAGUUACGGCAUUCUCUCUCUCUAUAGAUCUCUCUCUGAAUGUGUCCUUCUCUCCCUUUGAGCCAUCCACUUUUCCCAUGCAUGCAUGCAAGCCAACUUGAUCUGAGUCAAUUGAUUGGACAUUGAUACGCAGCUCUCCCUUCAUUUCCUCACUGCCGCUCCCCCAUCUUUCCAUGGCGGAGCGGGCCCCAUCUUCUGAUCAUUAUCACGAUCCACCUCCUUCGGAACAAAGUCAUCAUCAAUUAUCAGCCCAACCCGAUGAUCGACCUGCUUUCCGCCCCGGCACCUACGUCAUUCAGGUCCCUAAAGACCAAAUCUACCGCAUUCCACCUCCCGAGAAUGCUGUUAUAGCCGAACGCUAUCGAAACCCGGCCCUCCGUAACAGGAAGAAGUGGCAAUGUUCUUCUUGCUGCUUGUGGGUUUGUAUCUCGGUCCUUCUUGUUGUACUUGUUCUUGGCGCGAUAGUUGUCACAUUCCAACUUGUCUUGAUCAACCCUAAGAAUCCUACGUUUGAUGUCGAACGUGUCGCUGUGAAGAAUAAUUCGCAUUCUCGUAAUCAACUGCGUUCCAAUCCAGAGUACAACAUCACGUUAAGAGCAAAAAAUCCGAAUGGAAACGUGGGCAUUUUGUACAAGGAAGGUGGCGUUGCCUCCCUUUCUUUUAGACAACGAGAAAUAGGUACGGGAAAUUACCCCACAUUUUUCCAAGACCAUAUGGAUUCAACAGUAUUUGGCAUCAUUUUUCACGGUUCUAACAACGUCGUGUUACCUACGGAGAUUGAGAAAAGCAUGAAUAGCCAAAUGCAGAAGGUUCAGGUCACAUUCUCUUUAAAGAUGGAUGUCCCAGCACGAUUGGGGAAUGUUGGCUUAUUGAACAGGGGGAGCAUCAAGUUCGUUGUUGCUUGCUAUUUCACGGUGGAUACAUUGGCUAAGGAUACCCAUAUCCUGUCCCGGAAAUGUCAUACGCAACGAUGACUCUAAAGGGCAACGGUGAUAGCAGUACGUACGGUGAUGGUAGAUCAAGUACUUCUGCUAAUUCCAAGCAUAUUUUUAUUAUUGAUACAUCAACCAUUUUUUCUUUUUCAUCGUUGGGAGAAGUUCUCCUGAUCUCGUUCGAUUCGGAAAGGAAAUAUACUUAGACAGCAGUGUGACAAGAAGUAGUACUGCCUCCGUCGGAGGAACUCAUUUUUGUUUGUGGGGUUUCCAUUUGUUAAUUUGUUUUACUUUAAUUUUCCACCGAGUCUAAAAAUAUUCUUUUGUCCAUGUAGUACUUCUGAAAUAUAUAUCUUUCACCCGUUUGAAUUUGUACAUAUUUUUCUUGAUAGGCUUUAAAUCCUGCAGGGA